AUGCUCAGAAAUCUCUUUCGCCCUGUACAGGCCAAUUUUUUGGGAUACGGAUUAAGAAGAAUGUCUACUAUCAAAGUUGGUGAUCAAUUGCCUGCAGCAACGCUGUACGAAAAAGGCCCCGACGACAAGGUUGACAUCUUGAAGGAACUGAAGGGCAAACAGGCCCUCAUUGUCGGAGUUCCCGGCGCCUUCUCGGGCCCUUGCUCGGAAGUCCACAUUCCUGGCUAUCUCAACAAGCUGCCAGACUUCAUCUCCAAGGGAUACAGAGACCUCGUGGUGAUCAGUGUCAACGACCCAUUUGUGGUGAGUGCCUGGCGCAGCAGCUUCGGACUGAAGCCUGAGUCGCCAAACGUCUCGUUCUUUGCGGACUCGAAGGCAGAGUUUGUCAAGGCAUUGGGCCUGGACUUUGACGCCACCGAGGUCUUCGGCAACGUUCGUUCAAAACGGUUUUGUUUGGCCGUCGACGAUAACAAAGUGGUUGCCGAAUUUGUGGAGCCCGAAAACACCCCUGUCGACGUCACUGCCGCCGACAAGGUGUUCAAACAACUUCCCGGACUCGAAUAA